AUGACAUUAGAAAAUUUAAGGAAUGGUGGAAUCACAGUGUGGAUGCUUACUGGUGAUAAAAUAGAGACGGCCAUCUCGAUAGCAAUAUUAUCUAGGAUAUUUUCAAAAAGUACCUCAUAUAUUAUAUUAGCUAAUAUAGAUUCUAUAAAAGGUUUAGGUUCCAAACUUAGAAAGAUCGAGGCAGCUGACUAUGACUUUCUUAUUGUAGAUGGAAGAUGUAGAUUUUCUCCUACUCAAAAAGCCUUGGUAGCCAGAGUUCGAAGAAAAAGAACAAAUAAAAUAAUAUGUUGUAUUGGAGAUGGAGGAAAUGAUGUAUCAAUGAUAACAGAUGCGAAUAUUGGCGUAGGUAUAGUUGGAAAAGAAGGCAACCAAGCAUCUUUGACAUGUUAUA